AUGGCCGCCGCCCGGUCCUCCACCGCGCCGCCGGAGGCCGAGCCGCCCGCUGCACCGACCUCGUCCACCUCCGAGCCGCUCCCGUCAGCCACGGCCGCCGCGCCCCCUCGCCGCUGCUGCCGCGUCCGCGAGGUGAGCUCACGCUACCUCUCCACGCCGCUCCCGUCCCCGUCCCCUCGCCUGUCGACCUCCUCGCUCCACUCCUCCACGCCGUUCCCGGCCCCGUCCCCUCGCCUCUCGACCUCCUCGUUCCCCUCCGGCACGCUGCUCACAGCGCUGUCCCCUCGCCUCUCGACCUCCUCGUCCCACUCCUCCACGCCGUCCACGCGCGCGCACCACCACUACAUGCCCGCCGCCUCCUUUGGCCUCGCCGACGAAAACCGCCCGCCGCCGCCUACGCCAGGAUCGCGCAAGCGCGUCGCGGCGCGGGACCUGUUCGAGGAAAUGCCCCACUCGCGCCUGAACCCGCCCGCGCCUCUCGCUGCCGCUGGUGUCUAA